UCCCUCAUGGAGUUCAAACCCAAAGCAAAUACUUCAAGCUCUCUCUUGUUCUUCUGCACUAUUCUUAGUCAUGUGUCCAUUGUUAUCUCCUGCAUGUCCUGCUGGAAAAUGGUUAGGAUUUGUUACUGCAAUAUGGGUGCAGGCAAUCUGCGGUAACAACUACACCUUUUCCAACUACUCUGAUGCUUUAAAAUCAAUCAUGGCUCUUACUCAGCUGGAGCUCAAUACUCUAUCUGUUGCUAAAGACGUUGGAAAGGCCUUUGGUCUAUUGUCUGGCAUUGCUUCAGAUCGUUGGUCAACUUCUGUAAUGCUCCUUGUUGGAUCAUUUGAAGGGCUCAUAGGAUAUGGAGUUCAAUGGCUUGUUGUUAGCCAGCGUAUCCAUCCUCUUCCUUACUGGCAGAUGUGUAUAUUUUUGUGCUUUGGAGGCAACAGCACAACAUGGAUGAACACGGCAGUUCUUGUAACUUGCAUGCGGAACUUUCCAAAAAAUCGCGGCCCAGUCUCCGGAAUCCUGAAGGGUUAUGUAGGACUCAGCACAGCAAUAUUUACUGAUAUUUGCACAGCUCUUUUCUCCUCCAAUCCUUCUGCAUUUCUCCUAAUUCUUGCUAUUGUUCCUGCUAUCAUUUGCCUUGCUGCUAUUCUUUUCCUCCGCGAAACCACAUCUGCUGCUGGUCCUAUAGAGGAAAAGGAAGAAGCCAGAUUUUUCAACAUCUUUAAUGCCAUUGCCAUUAUAGCAGCUGCCUAUCUCUUGGCAUUUGACAUCACUGGAAAUCAUGGUCAUGUUGUCUCCCUUGUAUUUGUUGCAGGACUAAUAUUCCUUCUAGCAAGUCCAUUAUUUGUUCCUUUAUAUUCGGUUCUGUUGAAGCUUAAGUCCAAUUCGGAUACUGAGCAGCAGAUUAAGGAACCAUUACUUGUCGGCCCAGAAGAUUCACCAGCAAAGCCACAGAAGCCAGAGCCAGCAACAACAGUCAGUGUUGAAGUGGAGAAUGCUGGAAUCAAGCAACGACCAAUGAUUGGGGAGGAUCACACAAUCAUCGAAAUGAUACGGACAUAUGAUUUCUGGAUUUUGUUCAUAUCAUUCCUCUGUGGUGUGGGUACUGGAAUGUGUGUAAUGAACAACUUGGGGCAGAUGGGCCUGGCUCUUGGAUACAUUGAUGUAUCCAUUUUUGUUUCUCUCACCAGCAUUUGGGGAUUUUUUGGACGUAUUAUUUCCGGUCUGGUAUCAGAACAGCUCCUCUGGAAAUUUGGGACACCAAGACCUCUAUGGAAUGCAGCUUCUCAAGUCCUAAUGACACUAGGAUUUGUCAUCAUGGCAUUGGCCUUGCCCGGAUCUCUAUAUAUUGGUUCAAUCUUGGUUGGAAUAUGCUAUGGAGUUCGUCUGACAAUAACUGUCGCAGUAGCCUCAGAACUAUUUGGUCUCAAAUAUUAUGGCUUGUUAUACAACAUUCUCAUUCUUAAUCUUCCACUGGGUUCCUUCCUCUUCUCUGGCCUGCUUGCUGGUUAUCUUUACGAUGCUCAAGCCGCUAGAAGCCCUGCUGGUGGUGGCAAUACCUGUGUUGGUCCCCAUUGCUAUUUCCUUGUCUUCCUGAUAAUGGCUCUUGCCUGUGUUAUUGGGUUUGGGUUAGAUGUGCUCCUAGCAAUUAGAACAAAGAAGGUAUACUCCAAGAUUUACACAGACAGGAAAUUUAGUCCAGCUUCAACAGUUGCUUAGGGAUUGUUUAUCAAUCAAAGAUUUAUUGUUUAGUAACUUCAAUUUUUAGAUUUCCAGCUGGUAAAGUUUGUUGCUUGUUGCUGUAGUUCUCA